GAAGGUACCACACCCAUCGGUGGUACCCAGUCUGCUUUUUCACUAUAAAAACGGCACCACCCGAUCUAGCUGACACAGUUCGCAAUAUCGACACAAGCUCACCAACAUGGCAUACAAAUUCGUAGUCUUCGCCGCUUUGGCAACAGUAGCCCGCGCCGGAAACCUCGGCCUGGCAACCUACGCUGCCCCCGCAGCUUAUGCAGCCCACGCCGCGUAUGCUGCCCCCGCAUAUGCCGCCCACUCGUACUCUGCCCCCGCAUAUGCCGCCCACACAUACGCUGCCCCCGCAUAUGCCGCCCACACAUACGCUGCCCCAGCCGUUGCUAAAGUAGCUUACUCCGCAGCACCUGCAGUCUCGUACUCCAGUCUAUCUGCCCCAGUAGCAUACGCCGCCCAUCAACCUGCUGUAGCCACUUAUGCCGCCCCUGCAUAUGCCGCCCACACCUAUGCCGCCCCUGCUAUCGCCAAAUACGCUGCUCCCGCUCAUCUGUCGUACGCUGCUCCAGCCAUCUCAUAUGCUGCACCAGUAGCUAAGGCUGUUGCCCCAGUAGCUUACGCCGCCCCUGUAGCCAAGGCCAUCGUUGCUGAACAAUCAGCUCCAGCUCACUACGAUUUCGGAUACGCUGUCAGCGACCCCCACACUGGUGACAACAAGAACCAACAAGAGUCAAGAAGGGGUGAUGUUGUACAAGGCAGCUACUCGCUGAUCGAGUCCGACGGAACCAAGCGCACGGUCGAAUACACCGCCGACCCCCAUAAUGGUUUCAACGCUGUGGUCCACAAGGAACCCGCCCAGGUUGCAGUCAAGGCUGUCGCCCCAGUUGUAGCCAAGGUUGCCGCCCCCGUGAUCGCUAAAGUAGCCGCCCCAGUUGCGUACGCCGCCCCCGCUUACGGAUAUGCUCAUGCAGCGCCCGCAUAUGCUGCCCCAUCCUUCAGCUACGGUGCUCCCCUUUACCACCACUAGAAGACUACGAUAGCUUGUGUGGAUUGUUGUAUAUAUUUAUUUAUACCUCUUUUUUAUAUUUUUAAGACAAAAUAAAAAAAGAUGAUAAAAAUUAGAGUUGGAUAAUUUAUUGAGAC